CAGAAUUAGGUAAAGAUAAGAAUCGCGAAAGUCGUUAAGAACCUUUCAAGUAAAAUGAAUGCCGCUGAGGGCUUGGAACAGCUUUUCGCAGCGCAUUCGGCCGUGCCUGCGUUAGCCGUGUUGCAGCAACUACGGAAGGACUUGAGCCAGCAGCAAGCUCAAAUGCUGCUGAAGAACCACCGGCAUUGUCUUCAGAUGGGAACAUGUAGUUUUGGUCGGCGCGGUCGAGCAGCGUACGCAUUGCGCACAGGUACCGAGGUGCAGCGUCUCUUUGACAUCGCCAACAUAUCUGAUGAAGACGCCGCACAAUUUUGGGCGACGGGUGUCGGUCAGCGAUUACGUGAGUGUGACAGGCCAACUCCCGGUGCCCCUAACUGUGCUGUCGUGCCGCUUGAUACCCACGCAACGUGUUUGGACUGCGUGCAUCAUGCUCUCAUUGCCGCGGGUGCCACUGAUGUGCCCGCGCCUGAUAUUUUGCUGGCGACCGUGGUGGGCGCCAUUGCCAUUGCCGAGUCUUGGGUUUCGAUGUGCUUUCAAGUGCUACAUGCCCAUGCCAGCAGCCUCUCCAGCACUUGCACGGCGGCGCAAUAUGGUGAAGCCCUACAGCAGCACCGGCUGCUGCCGGGCAAUGUGGAGCUGGCAGUUCUUGCCCAUGCUCUCAACAUUGUGCUUACAGUGUUUGACCCGGCUGGGCUGCAGAUCUGCUAUUGGGGCUCCAGCACAACGCCAACGGAAGUGUGCCUCAUCCGACAGACGGGCCUCGCUGGCACCCCCGUGUCUUACCGCCUGCUGAAUAUGGUGCCAGCUGUAACAGAUGCUGAGCAACACAUUCCUGGGUACUUCGGAGCAUCCUGGUGCAGUGGCCCCGGCCACAGCCUCGGCAUCUCUGUGCAGCUCGCGGCUUGGAGCCGGACCACGCUUCGACACCCUUCAGAUUCAGCCCGCCUCUUUGACGCAUCCAGUUUGUACGAUGCCGCAACUUGUAUAAAUGCCAGCCUGUGUCGCCUUCUUUUUCACACAUUCUCCUGCUUCCUUUUUUUUGGCUCAAAGACCGAAGUCCCUUUUGCGGAUGGCAACCAGCCAGCCUGUCACUUCGCGGACACCUGUUCUACUGUUGCAAACUCGCACAACAUGCCUCCAAAAAUGGCACACCAGUCACAACCUGCGACCUCUUCCGCCGGCGCGGCAGCCAAGCCGCCAGUCAACAUAGCUGACCUGUGGGUGCAGCUGGCAGCGGUGUCGCCAACCGGCGGAGGCUGUGAUCGAUCCUCACUGGCCGGGGUGCCCAAACGGCCGCUCAUCUUCAAGCAGCAACUGCUCUUGGGAAGCAUGGGGUGUCACGACGAGGACGUCCUGCACACCCCCCACACCAACACCGAGUUCAACGUGCUCUUGGCCGAGGGCCGAAAGUACAAGGACGAGUUCCAGGUGCAGCACGACGCCAAGCCCGCCAGCACGUUCUUGUACAACAUGAUGGUGGAGAUUCAUGAGGGCGACAUGCCGGACCAAACGGUGGCCACGCACACGGCGGUCAUGCAGCUGUGGAUCGCAGCUGCCGGCAGCCUGCGUGCAGAUACAGCAAUUGAGCUAAUUUACGAUUAUGGCAUGGAUGCCGGCACCGUCCUCAAGGCGGACCAAGCUUUCGCAUGCUCGGUGCUGACCACCGCACAGCAGGCACGAGCGUCGGGGGCCCUCCUGGCCACCACCACACCAGCCAAGCGAGCUGCAACCAGCCCUGCCGAGCCACAUACCAGUGCCCCCGCCUGCACCCGGAUGAAGGACGACACCAGCUGCUACCAACCCUUCCGAGAUCACUUCACCCUCACAAGCCUCAUGUCCACCGCCAAUCCUGCUCUGGCCCAAAAGAUGGAGGCCUUCUACAUCAGGCACUUCAAGGCCCAGGACCGGGCGGCUACAAUGUGCUGCACGGGCCGCCUUCUGCCAGCCCAACACAGCACCAACACACCCACCGCCAUCACAGUCCAAGACGAUGACGCCCCUGCCACGCUUGCCUAG